UUUUUUUCCGAAUUGGAAAAAAAAUUAAAAUUAAAUUAGAAUAAGGAAGGAAGAAGAAGAAGCUUUGAAUCGGAAGCAAUGAACGACUUCGAGGGGCUUUUGGCCUCCGAUUUCGGGUUCAAACCCUCGAAAUCGGUUCCAAUGGCCACUUCUUCUUCUUCUUCUUCCACAAAUCGCUCCAACUUCGAUCUCGGAUCCCGAUCCGCUCGCGCCUCCUCCGAUGAUCGCGAUUCGAUCUUCUCCACCGCUCAGAGAUCUCACGGUUUCGGCGGCGCCGGCACCAAAUCGGCCGGCUCGGCCUACGAUUUCGACGCCAUGUUCGAGAAGCCGUCGAAUUCGGAGCCUGUUUACGAUAAGCCGGUCUACGACGACGACAUUUUCAACGGCGUCGCCGGGCUCAGGAGCUCUUCCUCCUCCAAGGUCAUGUACGACGACGUUUUCGCGACUGUGUCGUCUUCUUCGUCGCCUCCCAAAGGAGGAGGGACUGGUAGUGGCGGUAGUGCGUUGGACGACCUUCUUGGUGGGUUUGGUAAGUCGGAGCCGCCCCGAUGGACGAGCGCCGGAGCGAAAAGGCCGGAGAAAGCUGAGAAGAGUGUGCCGGAUUUCGCUGAUUUAUUACCUGGGUUUGGAGAUACUAGUCCCCCUACCGAAAGGUCAGCUUCAGAAACCAAUUGGCCCCCAGAAACUUCUGUUAAUGCUACGAAAACAACAUCCACAGUGAUGGAAGAUCCCUUUGUAGUAGCGGGACAAUUUAGUGAUCCACUGGAAGAAAUUAGUAAGCUUUCUAACUCUGGAAGCAUGAAAAGCAAUUCUGUUGGCAAUGGGAGAGUAUUUGAUGAUAUGGAUCCUUUUGAUGGUCUUGUAAGACCUGCCUCAUCGUUUAACUCUGAGAGAGAUAACAGGGGAAAGGAAACAAGUACUUUAAGAGAAGAUUCAAGUACUAGUGGAUCCAAAACUUUUCCUAGUAAAGAGGCGAAUGAGAAGCCCUCUGUCAGAAGUCCAGAUAGCCAAACACAGAAGAAGGUGCCCGUUGACAACGAUUGGGAUUCUCAUCAAACAUUGUUUGACAUGCCUACUGCUUCAAACACUUCAUAUAAAUCUACUGGACAAACUAUGUCUCCCCCUUCUUAUGCCAGUGCUAGUUCUAAGGACUUAAAUACACAGGCAGAUAGAUCUCCAAGCUCAGAAGAGAACUUGGAUUCAUCUGAAGAUAUAUGGCUCACUGUGUCGGAGAUUCCUCUUUUUACGCAACCUACUAGUGCUCCACCACCUUCAAGACCACCUCCUCCAAGACCUGUAUCGAAGGCAGGAAUAAGCUCUGCUGCCUCUACAAAUGCAAGAAGAAAGAAUAAUGAGUUUUCAUCUUUCCCAAAUUUAUCUCAAAACUUUCAGGCACCUAACUCGGUUCCUGUAGCUGCCAGGAGUUCAGUUGUGUCUCCACUUGAUCAGCUUGAUGAUUUUGCUAGGGGUGGGAGCCAAGACAAUGUUGCUGAGCAUCUAAAUGGUAUUUCUGGAGAAGAGUUAGAGAUGAACUCAGUUGCUGCUGCUAUGAAGGAGGCUAUGGAUAGAGCUGAGGCAAAAUUUAGGCAGGCUAAGGAAGUGAGGGAGAGAGAGAGUACAAAGGCUGCUAAAAGUAAAGAAGGACAGCUAGAAAGAGAUGAAAAAGCAACACAAGAUGAGAGGGUACGAGAAAAGCAGGAGAGGUUGGAGCGUCAGCAGAGGGAAAGGGAAGAGGAAGAAAUGGAACAACAGAGACUUGAGAAAGAGAGGGAAAUUGAGAGGGAACGAGAGGAGAAAGAGAGAGAGCAAAGGAGACUUGAGAGGGAAAGGGGAAAGGCCAGACAAGCUGUGGAAAGAGCUACUAGGGAAGCACGUGAGAGAGCAGCGGCUGAAGCUCGUCAUAGAGCUGACAGGGUUAAAGCCGAAAGGGCUGCUGUGGAUAAGGUAACCGCUGAAGCUCGAGAACGUGCUGAAAGGGCUGCAGUUCAGAGAGCUCAAGCUGAAGCUCGUGAAAGAGCAGCAGCAGAGGCGAAGGAAAGAGCAGAAAAGGCAGCUGCAGAAGCCAGAGAAAGAGCAAAUGCAGAAGCUAAAGAAAGGGAAGCACGGGAGAGGGCUGCGGCAACUAGAGCUGAAGCUGAAUCACGAGCUAGAGCAGCAGAACGAGCCGCUGUAGAAAGGGCUGCUGCUGAGGCACGUGAAAGAGCUGCCGCAGAAGCUCGAGAAAGGGCUGCUGCCAAUGCGAGGAGAAACCAACAAAGGAAUGACAAUGAUCUUGACUCCUUUUUCAACAUGAGCAACCGACCCAGUAGUGCUCCGAGACCCAGGGGGAACUCAUCGGAUCCUUUCUUUGAUCCACCAUUUCAGAGCAGGAAAGAGCCUGAAGUGGCAAGGACGUCCGGUGGAACUCACAUAAAGAAGGCAUCGUCAACGACAAAUAUUGUUGACGACCUUACAUCAAUAUUUAAUUGUGUCCCGGAAGAGUUCCAGUUUGUUGAAGGAGAAAGUGAAGACAGACGAAGAGCGAGACUUGAACGCCAAAAGAGGACUAAAGAGCGAGCGGAAAAAGCAUUGGAAGAAAAGAACCUGCGGGACCUUCAAAUCCAGAGGGAUCAAGCAGAGAGACAUAGAUUUGCUGAAACACUAGAUGUUGAGAUCAAACGUUGGGCUGCAGGGAAAGAUGGGAAUCUGCGUGCUUUAUUAUCGACCUUGCAAUAUGUGCUUUGGCCUGAAUGCGGAUGGCAGCCAGUUUCUUUGACUGAUAUGAUUACCGGUGCCUCGGUUAAGAAAGCAUAUAGGAAAGCGACUUUGUGCAUUCACCCUGAUAAGGUGCAGCAAAAGGGUGCCAAUCUUCAACAGAAAUAUAUUGCCGAGAAAGUUUUUGACCUUCUUAAGGAAGCUUGGAACAAGUUCAAUUCAGAGGAGCUUUUUUGAAUUUUCACGAAGGUUUUUCCGCUUCAAGUUUCUUGAUUUGACAAUGGCAAGAUUAUUUGUUGCGAGGGAAAAGGAAAUUCCAUCUACGUCCUAGAAGAGACUCCCCGUGGCAGUGGAAGAAUUUUUGGUUGAAGUUGGAACACAUCGAUAAAAUUACCUCAUUCCGUUAGCCAACCGGGACCCGUCGAUGGUAUUUUCGUAUGUUUCCUCUCUCUAUAUUGUUUUCAACAGAAUUUCGUCCCUGAUCAAAAUUUUCACACCAUCAUAUUUCGUGAUUCGCGUGGGUGAGAGAAGGGCAGGUUUGGAUAUCUGUCUUUCUGUUGUUUUUGAUUUUGGGCUGUGAUAUAGCAUAUUGAAUUUAAAUCUCAUUAUUUGUAUUGAUAUGAUUACAUUAAUAUGUGCAGUGUAUGAAUGAGCUAUGAAUCGAAUUUGAUACUUAAGCCUUGAAUUGAUUUGAAGAUAGAUUAAGGGAUAAGAAAAGCCAGUGCAAAUGAAGCAGCAAUACAUUCUUAACUUUUUCUUUGUUAAAGGCGUCGUUUGGCAUUGUUUAUAU